UGGAACACAGAGGAGAUGCUAAGUAAGAAGCAAGAAUUCCUGGAGAAGAAGAUAGAGCAGGAGCUGAUGGCUGCCAAGAAGCACGACACCAAAAUCAAGUGUGCUGCCCUCCAGGCACUGAAGCGCAAAAAGAGGUAUGGAAAGCAGUUGGUACAGAUCAACGGCAUGCUGUCAACCAUCGAGUUCCAACGAGAGGCCCUGGAGAAUGCCAACACCAACACCGAGGUGCUCAAGAAUGUGGGCUAUGCCACCAAGACCAUGAAGGCUGCCCACGACAACAUGGACGUCGAUAAAGCUGAUGAGUUAUUGCAGGACAUUGCUGACCAGCAGGAACUUGCAGAAGAAACUUCAACAGCUAUUUCAAAAUCUAUAGGGUUUGGAGAAGAGUUUGACGAGGAUGAGCUCAUGACAGAAUUAGAACUAGAACAGGAGGAACUAGACAAGAAUUUGCUGGAAAUCAGUGGACCGGAAACAGUCCCUCUACCAAAUGUUCCCUCUGUAUCCCUACCAACAAAACCCACCAAGAAGAAGGAAGAGGAAGACGACGACAUGAAGGAAUCGGAGACCGGGGCUGGAUCCACUUAA